GUCAAGUCUCCGUAUUCCUCCGAUUUACUGAUCAUCAUCAUCAUCAUCUUCAUCUUCUCUCUUUUCAAUCUCUACUAUUCAUUUUGUGUUUUCCGUCUACGACGAUGCAAGACGACGGCAACGACGAUCGCCGUCUUCCUCGUCGCCGCCAUCGUUGCGGCAUCACGCGCCAAGGACCUAAAACUCUAGAACCGCCUUUCGAUUUUCAGCCAGGACAAGCGUGGUUCCGUUUGCUUUGCCACGCAGAUACCGCCGGUGGAGUUAUUGGCAACUGCGGUACGAUCGUCAAACGUCUAGAGAGUCAAAUUGGCGCCAGGAUUAACCUGGAGAAUACCAUAUCCGGUUGCAACGAGCGAGUUAUCAACGUCUUUGGCUCUGGGAAGAUUGAUAGGAGGGUUACGGUGGUGGAAGGAAACGGAGGAGGCCCUGCGGAGGAGGUUUCUCAGGCUCAGGAAGCUCUGGUUAGGGUUUUUGAGAGAAUUUUGGAAGUUGAAGGAAUUAAAGAAAGUGUCAUUAGAUGCAGAUUGCUCUCUGGUUUUAUGAAUAUUGGAAAUCUCAUGGGUAUAGGUGGUAAGACUGUCCAGAAUAUUCGAAAAGUUACAGGCGCAAAGAUUAAAGUCUUGCCCAAGGAUCAACUUCCUCAGUGUGCUUCUCCAUCGGAGGAAUUAAUUCAGAUAUUUGGCGAUACUUUAGCUGUUAAGAAAGCACUGCUGCUUGUUGCAUACAAACUUCAAGACUCUGAUCCUCAAUCAUCAAAGUUCAAUAACAACAAUGUUUCAUCACCAGUGAAGAACAGUUCUCCUUGUUUUAACAAGCUUAAUUCCUUGUCAGAUAAUGUUUAUUGCAGAAGCAAAGUUGUCUUUAAAUUACUUUGUCCUGCUGGUAAAGUAGGACAUAUAAUUGGCAAAAGUGGGACAAUAAUCCAAGCUUUAGAGAAGCAAACGGGCGCUUCAAUUAGAAUGUCACCUCCACAACCCGGUUGUAAAGAACGCCUUGCCACUAUAUCUGCAGUUGAGAAUGAGAAAGAUCACUCACCUGCUCAAACUGCUCUUCUUCGUGUUUUUACUUCGUCUAUUGAGGAGUUUGAUGCUGACAAGGUCUGGUUAUCUUCUGGAAGGAAGGUGGGGGCUGUAACUGCAAGUAUCUUAGUUUCUUCAGAGCUAGUGAGUUGCCUGACUGACAAUAUUUGGAAAGUUUCUUCGGGCAUAUCUGGUGUAGAUAUACAAGUCUCGGAAAUAAAUCGUUUUCUACAUUGCACUGAAGGGGAUGAAAAAAUGGUCCAGAUCACCGGAGAAUAUGAGAAAGUAAAGAGAGCUCUCUUCCAAGUUACUUGUAAACUAAGACAGAAUCAUUUUGCAAACUUGCAUAACUCUGUAGAUCACCGUGAUCCAAAGAUGAAAGAGGAGAAGGGAAAUGUUAAUAGAUCCACCAUCAAUUCUAAUGAUGAUCGUAGUGAAAAUGCCAGGACUGUGGAGGUUGUGGUUCCUAAUCAUGCGUUUGACUCCAUAUAUGGAAAUUUAACUCGCAUAAAGCAGAUUUCUGGUGCAAAAAUUGUUCUGCAAAUAUCUCUUUCAGAUGAAAAGGAGGGAAUGGUUGUUAUAUCUGGAACGUCUCAUGAAAUACAGGUUGCAGAAAGCUUACUUCAGGCCUUCAUCCAAAUCUAACAAUGACCCGAUUAUUAAUGUCAGCUUUUGUUUGUCUGCCAACUGCCACACGGGAAAUGCCAAUCGAGCUGUUGUUGACACGAAGAAGGAGAAUUUGACACAGGAAAACCAAAUGAUGGUUUUUUUGUCAACAUUCUACACUGGUCUUAUUAGAAGAUUAAAGUGAGCGGUCGAAAAGGUUUAAGAUGAAAAGAGGGAAAUGAAUGAAAUCUUUUGUUGAAACUUGUAGUUGUGUUAAAAGACUAGAAAGAAGCUAUUUUUGGCUCAAUCUUAAAUUAGCUAUUCUCUUUGGCUCAGA